AUGGCGACACCGACAAGAGCGACGCCGGUCAAGGCCGCCCCGGUGUCGGUGACGGACAGCCCCGGCACCUGGCGCCAUCCUCGCCUCGACGAAAUCACCCGCCGUCGGGAAGCCACGACCUUUUCCGAGAAGAAUGUCCGCCGCAUAGCCUACAACAUCAUCGCCCUGCUCUGCUUCUGGACCAUUAGAAUCCUCGUAAAAAUGUACAUCAGUCCUCCAAGCUUCUCACCCGCGGCUCGAUUAUACAUGGGAUGGGCAUGGACCGUCAUCCAGACUAUCCCACUUGUGCAGAUUGCGCUCGCCUGCACGCCGCUGCUUCGCGCCCGCGACGAGAUGAAUGACAUUCCGCUGACCGCCGCCCAGCGCAAGCUGCUCGGUCUCGAGCUCGCGCCGCCCGCAUCUUCUUCCCCCAGCGCCGCCGCCGCGAGCGCAGACUCGACAUUUAGCACGCCCCCGCGGUACUCGCGCACCCCGUCCAUUGCGGGCUCGGUUGGCAGUCGCGGCAGCUACACGCACUCGCCGCUGUCGGGACGCGGCAGCCCGUUUCAGAGCUCCGCGCCCGGCUCGCCGUUCUCGCCGCCUGUCGACAGCAGCCCGCUUCUAAGCAAGAACGGCGGCAGCAACCUGUUUGGAGGCGUCGCUAGUGGCAAUCGAAGGGCGUCCACGUCGGGGAGCCCUUUUUCGGCGAGCACGACCAUGAAUCCGCUGGGGGACCCGGCGUCGCCGAGCCCAGCCGGUGGCAAGAGGACGAGCGUGGGCUUGAACAGCAAGUGGUUGUACGAAAAGGGUCGGCGGUCGUCGGGCAGCGCUUGGGUGCACUAA